AUGGAACAACAUGGUUUCAGUCGGGCACCAUCUGGUAUUGCCCCAAGUCGCCGUCACGAUGACGCAACAUGGCCAAAGUUCGCACAGCUACCCUGCAACAUGGCGCCGAGAGGCCCCAACAAGGCUCCGUCCCCCAUCGCCAUUGGAGAGCAGAGGGCAGGCCGUUUGGUAUCAAGCAAGUUGUGCUCACGCUUCAAGGUGUCGCAAGGUUUGCCAGACCCACGAGAACACCGCAGCUACGUCAUGGCGGCGGUAGUGAUUCUUGCGUCGAUUGUGGCGGGAUUGGCUUGGUGCGGAGAGGCGGCCGAUUGUGCCAACGAUGGUUCCGACUACUCCUACGCGGAAUCCGUUUCCGGUUCCACGCGCACAGUGGUGACGAACCAUUGUCCAAACCACCCUUUCUACGACCUGAACCCGAACACGGCAGUGAAAUCUUCGACAACUUACGAGAUUCCAGCGAUCCCUACUUUUGUGGGGGCAGCCACCGAUUCUUCAACCUCCUCAGGGCAUAUCGAUCUCUCCGAAACGGGUGCUCAAGUCGGCGUGUUCUUCAACGCGGCCAUGCUAUUCACUCCCUACGGUGGCCCGAACUACGGUAUCGUCCUAGGUUGGACAACUUCGGCCACGUACGCGGAGGGCAAUUCAUUCGAUUCGUGCGGGUGUCAUGGAUCCAGCACCACUGAGGCAUCGUACCACUGCCACGUGCCGCCCAGCUGCUUGCUGAACCAAUUGGGCCAGACGUCUUCGGAACACUCUCCCCAGAUCGGCUGGGCAUUCGAUGGCUUCCCGCUGUAUGGCCCCCGCGGCCCCUCCGGCAUCAUGAUGCAGACCUGCACGGAGACGGGAGGGACGUACGGGACGGACGUCUGCACGGACGACUGUGGCGGAUAUCCGUGCUGA